AGGCAUAUGCUUAUUCACACAGGAGAGAAACCUCAUGUGUGUGAAGUAUGUAAGAAGUCAUUUAGUCAGAAGUCUACUUUAAACACCCAUAUGCUUAUUCACACAGGAGAGAAACCUCAUGUGUGUGAAGUAUGUAAGAAGUCCUUUAGUCAGAAGUCUUAUCUAAGCAGCCAUAUGCUUAUUCACACAGGAGAGAAACCUCAUGUGUGUGAAGUAUGUAAGAAGUCCUUUAGUCAGAAGUCUACUUUAAACACCCAUAUGCUUAUUCACACAGGAGAGAAACCUCAUGUGUGUGAAGUAUGUAAAAAGUCCUUUAGUCAGAAGUCUCAUCUAAGCAGCCAUAUACUUAUUCACACAGGAAAGAAACCUCAUGUGUGUGAGGUAUGUAAGAAAUCAUUUAAACAAAAGAGUGACAUAAACAGGCAUAUGCUUAGUCACACGGGAGAGAAACCUCAUGUGUGUGAAGUAUGUAAAAAGUCCUUUAGUCUGAAGAGUAAUUUAAACACUCAUGCACAUAUUCACACAACCGAAAAACCUAAUGUGUGUGAAGUAUGCACGAAGUCAUUUAAACAAAAUGGUGAUUUAAAGAAGCAUAUGCUUAGUCACAUAGGAGAGAAACCUCAUGUGUGUGAAGUAUGUAUGAAGUCAUUUAAUCAGAAGAGUAGUUUAAACACUCAUAUACGUAUUCACUCAGGAGAGAAGACUUGUGUAUAAAGUAUGGAUAAAUUCAUUUUUAAUAAAGGAUUAUUAAGAUAUGCAUAUCGACAGAAGAGGGAAAUCUGUCGUGCAUAGAAGUAUUCAUUUGGACAGCAGAAUAAUUCGAAAAAAUAUGCGUUGAUCUAAUCACAAGAAAAGCCUUCUGUCUUUUGAGGAGAUGUUAAAUUAGUAUCAACAUUUUAUUUAUCAAUGUAGUAAAGAUUUGUGUACACAGCGAAGAAAUCUUUUUUUUUUUUGCGGUCAAGUCAGUUUGAAUCACAACAGUUGUCAGUAUUAAUUGAUGGGAAAAUUCUUGGUAAUAAAAGAGCCAUUUAGUGGCAGAGUUUUAGAUUUAAAGGUAAACUGGGUGCUGCUGAUGCUGUGGAGAGGUUUUUGAAUUGUCAUUUGAUAUAAAUAAAUCAUAAUCUAAUUAUUUUU